AUGGGUCGCUUAUCAGGAAAGGUUGCCAUCGUCACCGGCGCGGGGUCUGGCUUUGGAGAGGCCAUUGCCCAUGGCUUUGUGAGAGAAGGGGCACACGUCCUGGUCGCAGACAUCGCCGUCGCCAACGGCCAGAAGGUCGCUGCCGCGAUAACCGACAAGCACUACCCUGGUAGCGGCUCUGCCAUCUUUGUCCAGUUCGACGUCACCAAGCGGGAGGCCUGGGUAUUGGCGCUUGAGCUGGCCAAGUCCAAAUUCGGGAAAUUAGACAUCGUCGUCAACAACGCGGGCACAACCUACAAGAAGCAGACCAGUAUGGAUGUCUCGGAAGCCGACUUUGACAAGAUAAUCUCCGUCAAUGUUAAGAGCAUUUAUAUGAGCGUCUCGGUGGCCAUGCCCUAUUUCGUCGAGCAGAAGAAAGGUGUCUACCUCAACACGUCCUCAGUUGCGGGGACCAGGGUACGUGCCGGGCAGGUAUUUUACGGUGGUACUAAAGGAUUCCUGAAUACGGUUACACAAGGUCUUGCGGCUGAAUACGGGCACGAUGGCGUGCGUGUGAAUUCAAUUUGUCCUCUUCGGGGCGCAACAGGACUGCUCGAAAUGUUCAGUGGCGUGCCUGACAGUCCGGAAGAGAGGGAAAGGUUUGCAAAGAGCGUGCCUUUGGGAAGGAUGUCAGAACCGAACGACAUUGCCAUGGCAGCAAUAUAUUUAGCAAGCGAUGAGGCAGCGUUUAUCAGCGGUGUCAAUUUACCCGUAGAUGGAGGGAGACUUGCUGUUUAG